AUGUCUGGUAAGCAGAUCAAGUUAUCUUCAAAUGUUUCAGCUUUGAGGUUUAUCCAAGCAGCUCAAACCAAAGUAAAGCACGAGGAGCUAAAGAAGAAACAAGAAAAGACACUUGGAUGGUAUCUUCCGGGUUUUGAAGAAACAAAGACUAGAGGAUCAGAACUAGCAAAUAAGAAUCUUCAACUUGAAAAUAUGUAUAUACUAACCAGAAAGUCCUUUAAUUCUUAUAAUCAAAUAGUGGAGAAGCAAAACUUGAAUAUAAUUUCUAGAAGAAAACACUAUGAAAGACUAAAAGAUGAACAGAGAGAAGAAAAAGUUAUACGAAAUAUGUUUAAAAAACAUCAACAAAACUAG